AGGCGGGCGGCUGGGCGAGCGGCGCAGCGCGGGCCGGCUGGAAGCGUCUUGUGGGCACGGGCCGCCGGGCAGGUGUGGCAGGCGGCGCGAGUGGGAGGCCGUCUUAAAGUCUCGUGCGGCGCCGCCCGACGGAGGGUCGGGCUGCCGGGCAGCGGCGGGACCGACCUGACCGUCGAAGGGCGCAGAAGGCCGGAGGGGCCGUGCGGGGCGGCGCGGCGCAGCCAUGCCUGGCUUUACGUGCUGCGUACCGGGCUGCUACAAUAACUCGCACCGGGACAAGGCGCUGCAUUUCUACACGUUUCCCAAGGACGCUGAGCUACGGCGCCUGUGGCUGAAGAAUGUGUCCCGGGCUGGCGUCAGCGGGUGCUUCUCCACCUUCCAGCCCACCACGGGCCACCGUCUCUGCAGCGUUCACUUCCAGGGCGGCCGCAAGACCUACACAGUGCGAGUCCCCACCAUCUUCCCGCUGCGCGGCGUCAAUGAGCGCAAAGUAGCGCGCAGGCCUGCAGGAGCUGCGGCUGCUCGCCGCCGGCAGCAGCAGCAGCAGCAGCAGCAGCAACAGCAACAACAACAGCAGCAGCAGCAGCAGCAGGCGUCGUCCUCCACGGCCUCCACGGCCCAGUCCUCCCAGCUGCAGCCCAACCUGGUGUCGGCCUCUGCCGCCGUGCUCCUCACCCUUCAGGCCGCUGUCGACGGUAACCAGGCUCCGGGGUCCGGUCCGCAGGCGCCCAGCACUCCAAAUGGAGAAGAUGUGAAGCCCAUUGACCUUACGGUGCAAGUGGAGUUUGCAGAGGGCGCGGCUGCCGCGGCUGCUGCAACAGAGCUCGAGGCUGCUACGGCAGGGCUGGAGGCCGCCGAGUGCCCUAUGGGUCCCCAGUUGGUGGUGGUUGGGGAGGAAGGCUUCCCUGAUACCGGCUCCGACCACUCGUACUCGCUGUCGUCAGGCACCACGGAGGAGGAGCUGCUGCGCAAGCUGAAUGAGCAGCGGGAUAUCCUGGCGUUGAUGGAAGUGAAGAUGAAAGAAAUGAAGGGCAGCAUCCGUCACCUGCGGCUCACCGAGGCCAAGUUGCGUGAAGAACUGCGCGAGAAGGAUCGUCUCCUGGCCAUGGCUGUGAUCCGCAAGAAGCACGGAAUGUGAAUGUGAGCCAUCUGGCCUGCGGGAUUCCUGGACCCCUUGCCUCCUAUGGCCUCCUCGGGCACUAGGGGCACCGUACUGAUGAUUAGGGCAGCUGGAUUCUGGCUGGUGAUCUGAUAGUCUCACUUGUUUUCCUUCUAAAAGUAGGAGUCUGCGGCCUCCAGCUCUGCGCCGGAGACACCAGCAUUUGUGACUUGGUUUAACCUCCCUCCCCAUGUUGUGUUGCAGAUUCUGGCUAAGCAGAGGCCUCAGAACCAUAGAACUUGAAACUUAAACCCCUGAGGGUUGCAGGUGGGAUGCUCCAGAGACUUUGGGUUUGGGAAAACCUCUCCUUAAGGCUGGACAGCAACCGGAAACGAUUCUUCUGUGUGUAGUGAUAACAGUUCCAAGGAACCUGAGUUCCCGUAUUACUUUUUCCUUCUGGGGUGCAGCCUGUGACUCUAUUGGGGAUUGGUGGAUCUCAGGGUCUUCUAGGACCUCCCUCUCCAGGAGGCUGUUGACCAUGGGAACUGGGGGACCUGCAGACGGAGAUCCAGCUUGCCAGGGACUUAGGUUUAUCCUGUUAUGUUUGCUACUGGUUACAAAUUCUAUUUUCUGUACAAUUAGACUAAAGUUUUCACUGUGUUUGUUUGGCAAGACAAAUUAAACAAAAAGUAAGGUUUUUA